AUGGACGCGCCACCAGUUGAAGAUCUCGCACAACAGCUCAACGAAACCACCCUGGAAGCGUCGGGCGAAGAUGUGGCACCAGAAGAGCCAACGAUUGAAAGCCCCAAGGCGCUCACCUGGCGACGCAACAAGCUGUCGGACAAGGAGCGCUACGAGGACGACUUCUACUUCGAGAUCAACGGCAAGCGGAUGGUCAUCAACCAGGAUGUGGCCAACGAGCUUGACACCGUGGGGCUCACCGUGUGGGAUUCCAGUUUGGUGAUGAUGAAGUACCUGGAGAAGCUGCACAACCAAGGCCGAUUCGGUCGUGGGAUGAAAGUCCUGGAGCUGGGCAGCGGUUGCGCUCCGGUCAGCAUUGCCGCCGGCAUGCUGGGAGCACAAGUGACUGCGACCGACGUGGAGUGGAUCCUGGUGUUCACCAAGAGAAACUCGGAGCUCAACCGCAAGCUCAUCGAAGAGGGUGGUGGUUCGGUCGAGUGUAGAACAUUGUAUUGGGGUAGAGAAGCGGACAUGGAGGGGCUGCCGCAUUUUGACUUUAUCAUCGCAGCUGAUUGUAUCUACAAGGAGAAGCAGGUGGUCACUCUCCUGAAGACGAUGCACCAACUGGCAGAUGAGAAGACGAAGAUACUGGUCGGGUACGAGCAGCACAAUCCAGAAUCGGCCCACGCAUUCUACGUCCACGUGAACCAGUACUUUGACACCGAGAGCAUCCCGCUGAGCCAGCACGAUGGCUACUAUCAGCAUCCCAAGAUCAAGCUGAUGUGGCUCACCAAGAAGGAAUUCACCCCUCCGCCCACCAUCUCGGAGGACACGAAUUGGGUUUCGGCCACCGCCACGGCGUCAAAGAAGGAACAACAACAGGCCUGA